UUCCGUGGAAGAAUGCACAUUUUCUUGUUACUUUUUGCAACACUUUUUUUCACUCAAGAAUGUACUUGUUAUGUUCGCGGUAAAACAAAUGACAAAAAUAAAGAAGAAGAAAGUCCUAUGCCAUCACAAAUAACAGUAACAUCUUGGAAUGAUAUGCCCUUCUCAGGAAUUGUACUGGAAAAUGGGAAGUGGGUUGGUAAAGGAUAUGCCUUUUACAUUUUCAAUUUAAUUAGCUCAAAACUGAACUUUACAUAUACUAUUAUUCCACCAAAGGAACAUAUUUUGGGUAAUGAAAGUAAUGGUAUUCUUGGUUUACUCUAUGAAAAGAAAGUAGAUGUUGCUGUUGCAUUUCUACCUGUAUUAUCAGAAAUGCGGCAAUAUUGUUCAUUCAGCACUGCACUUGAUGAAACAAAAUUAACUGCUGUGAUGAAAAGACCUCAAGAAUCAGCUACAGGAUCUGGCCUUCUAGCACCUUUUGAAAGAAUUGUCUGGUUGCUGGUUUUAGCGUCACUAAUUUUUGUGGGACCAAUAAUCUAUCUUUUUGCAAAUAUGAGAGCAAAAUUAUGGCACGAUUCGACUUCUGAAAAUUUCAGUUUGUCCUCCUGUUUCUGGUUCGUUUAUAGUUCUCUUUUGAAGCAAGGAACAAACAUUGUUGCUAUAACAGACUCAACACGAAUGCUUUUUGCUACCUGGUGGAUUUUUAUAUUGAUUUUAACGUCCUUUUAUACGGCGAAUCUUACCGCAUUUCUUACAAAGCCUCAAUUUACAUUGUCUAUUAGUUCUUUACAAGACAUCGUUCAUAAGGGAUACAGUUGGAUCACUUACAAAGGACGUAUAGUUGAUUUUCUUCUUUCUCAAAAUGAGCAAAACGACCUAAGUUUAUUGAAUAUAAGCAAAUGGCAAGGAAAAGGUGUUUUUAAAUAUUAUGAACCAUCAAAAAUUAUAUUAGAAUCAGUCAGUACGAGAAGACUUUUUUUAGCAGAGGCACAUUACUUGCAAACUUUAAUAUUCAAGGAUUACGUGAAUAAAACUCGCCAUCGUUUAGAGCAUAAUUUACGAUGUACGUAUGUUAUAAUGCCCGGUGGUAUUUUAGUAACUAGUCGUGCCUUUGGAUUUUCUCAUGGCUCAAGUAUUGAAAAACAUAUUAAUAAAAUAUUGUUAAGAUUAAUAGAAACUGGAAUUAUACAACACAGAAAAGAAGAAGAUCUUCCAUUAGCCGAAAUCUGUCCAGUUGAUCUCCGUUCGAGUGAAAGACAAUUACGAAAUACUGAUCUUCUUCUGACAUACAAUGUUGUAGUGGGUGGAUAUACAAUUGCUACUAUUAUAUUUUUAUUUGAAUUAAUUUAUGCGUUUAUAUCAUAUCGUACACAAAAUAGCAAAAAACAAGUAUGCAGUCAUCUUCCUUAUUAUGCUCCAAAAAAGAAAGCACAAAAUCCUUCAAAUAACAAUAUUCCUGUUCAAAAUUAUAUGAAUAUAUUAAAAAGAAGUCCACCAGCGAUCUGUCAAUACCCUAAUAAUAUCUUUGUGCAAAGAAAACAACAACUUAUUAAUGGAAGAAGUUAUUACGUAGUUACUGAACCAGAUGGUGAUCAAAAAUUAAUUCCUAUCAGAGCUCCUUCUGCUUUUUUAUUUCAGUACGCAGCCUAG